ACUACUUGAUGUAGUCAUUCAACCAUCCACCACAAUGACGCCAUCAGACGCUGAAAAAACACCACCUUCCGCUGGAAAAUUUCAAUCAUUUUCCGACACGAUAAAGAACUCGUGUAAUGAUAACUUUAGUGAAGCAAAUAAACAAAUAAUGUUGGAAACCCAAGAACAGGCAGUGGUAUUGUCUCCUUCUACAGAGAAACUGAGCACUUAUAAUGCAGAAAGUAUUGAAAUCGAUUUGAAUCUAAACACUGAUGUCAUUAUUGUACCAUUUAAUGAUGAAGUGCAGGAGCAUACGGAGAUAUUGAAAAAUAUUGAAGAAGUUGGAGAAUUAACUAGUCCAGUCACGAGUUUUAGACCCCAAAAUUUACAUCAUGAGUCAUCAACGACCUUUUCCGAAAUUUCGAAAGAAACAUGCAACAAAGAAAAUUUUGUGUCAGUCAAAACAGGAUAUAAGGAAAUGACACAAAGAUGCAAACUUCAUACAAAAAAAAUUUCAGAAUUGAAAAAGGAAGUAAAGGCACUACGUUUGUGUAAUUCACAAACAGAAGUAAUUAUUACUGAAAAAGAUAAGGAGAUUGCAAAACUUCGAGAAGAAGUAAAUAAACUUAGAAAUUUAAAUUACGCACACCAGGAUCUUGUAAUUGAUAGUGUACAAGAGUUCAGAGUAACGCUUCAAGAACGAAAUAGGCAAUUAAAUUUGAGUAACUCAACAUUGGAACCAUCAGUGGGAAGACGAACGGUAGAUGGAAAGAAAAUGCAUAUGGGAAGAGGAGUAUAAUUAUAUACCUCUUGAAGACUACUAUAAGGUUGCAAGUGAAGCAUCAUGUAACAUGAGUAACUUGCCCAAGUUGUUAUCGCUUAAGCUUUUUGGAAAAGAAGUACUUUUAAAAAGCACAAUUACAGGAAGACCAAGAAAUCGUUCAAAAAAUGCUACGAACGCAGACAAAUUGAAUGUAGCAACUUUACUUGCUAAACAAAAUACUUACUCUUACUGGCUGCAGGAAGCGAAAGGCUACGAACGGAAUGCUGCAGACAUGGAGGCGACAAAUACAAUGCCUUAUUUAUCUCAGUAUAUUGGAAACAUGAAGUACAAACAAAAUUCCAAAUCGAAACGUAGAAAAAUAGGCCGAUUAUUAGGCCAAGAAGACGUGCCGGUGUUUUCAAUUGGACAGGAUACAGAGAAUAUACAUUACAGGAGGUGGUGGUGGUGGUGGAGACAGACAGUAUGGAAGAGAUAGAGUGUCA